AUGGACCAGUGCAGCAUCGGCCGCAGUGCCAUGUUCUUCGCCGCGCAGAAGCGCAAGCUGCUCGUGCUCAUGAGCUGGGAUAUCUACCAUCGGUGCUGGAACGACGUGCUCGGCGCGGCAGGUAAAACAUCGAGGCUGAGGCGGUCAAUUUUGUCCUUGACGCACGUGUGCAACAUUCCGUAUGGGCCGUGGUCGGAGUCAAAGUUCUUCGCUUCGCGGAAGGAGUUCUUCGCUAAGUUUCUCUCGACGUCGACCAUCGACAGCGAGUGGUUCCAGACUGCGGCCGACGAGAUCGCAUCGGACAGGGGCAUGGCUUCCCCCACGAGCCGCGCCGACAUGGAGGAUAUGAUGCGCGUUUGCGCCGAGGCCGAGCUGCUGCAGAAGAAAGGCAAACACGUGAAGAAGGCUAGGUGGUUCUCCCUCUUCGCUGCGCUCAAGGACUUGAUGGCAGAUUGGGCCCUGCUGCGAGAGGCCUACAGGUACUACCACAUCCUGUUCCACGGCAAGGGCGAGGAGGAGUUCGUCGAGGAGAUGCUCCACGGAGUCCCAGCGGGCACAGCCCCGAAGGACUACAGACAGGAGCUGCGCGAGCUCAAGCAGAACUCCAACGGCAUAUCGCUUGGGGCAAAGCUGCUGACGAGCGAGCUCAAGCAAGACAUGACUAUAUUGUACUCAGUUGUCGAGCCGUACUGGUACCACUUUGGGACGGUGACGGAGACCAAGAAGAACGCUGAUGAGAACAGGAUGCACUACGCAGACUUGGCGACUAGCGGGUGGACGUCCCCAUUGCGGUCCAGCCUGACGAAUGCCCUCGCGGGCCCACGUUCCUUGAGGUUGAUGGGCGUCCUCGUGGGCCCGCAAGGCGACGGCGCGCUCUCGCCCGAGACGCUUGCCAUGCAGCGCAGCACGUGCGCCGUCGCGACCAAGUUCGCGUGCGAGCUUGCGGGCACGAGGUGUACCAGCUCGUCCGAGCACUACGCGUCCUACCCUGGCUCAUUUGCGGCAAUCCUGGCAGAUGGUGUCACCGCGGAGGCCCAGCUUGCGGCUGUGAACAAGUUCCGAGCUGACUGGGCCACCGCGCUCAGGCUAGAGAAGGCUAAGCACUCGAGGGACGACGCCAAGGAGAUCCUCAGCCAAGUGGAGUGGAUCGAGAUGCCCGCCAACAGGAUCAUCAUGCAGAUGUUCGACCGCCCGCUGGACGCCACCAGCGUCGACCAGGAUGGGUUUGACAUGGUAUGGGACGCGUUCAGUACUUUCGGCGACUCCCUCAUCAUCGAGAAUACGAACAACUUGCUGAGGAGGAUGACGAUGGGGCAAUUGAGCGACGUCCCUACCGCUGCAAGGCGGCAUCACCAGUGCAUCACAAGCACGCUGCUGCAAGAGCGGGGGCCCCCCUACGUCGAUAUUGCUGGCAGCGUGGGCGAGGUCAGCGCGGACCCGCUGUCGUUCGAGAUUCGGUACGCUGCCCAGCCGAUUAUGACAUUCGUGUACAGUUUCCAUGACUGGCAAGUUUUCGAGACCGAGGUUGCCCCGCCCUGUGUGACGAAUGUGGACCCGCCGCGGAUCGUCUGGCAGUGCACGUCGGGGCCCAUGUCUGUCCUGCGGUUCGCCCUACUGCGGAAGAUCGACCUGACCACGGCGAUGUUGAAGCUCGUGCUGGCCGUUUGCCAUGACGAGCACCACGCGAGGAAGAAGGGCGACCUCGUGGUCGCACUCGUGCAGCACGUGUUCGCAGCCGAUUGCCCGAAGGAGUUCACCGACGCGUUGAUCGCCGACAUUUUGCACCAGCCCACGGCAGAGGAGCUAGAGGAGACGGAGAUCACAGACCCAGUGGUUGAGUGCCUCGGCAUGCUGGACGAGAAGAACGUCAGAGAGUUCGAGGCCAUGGCCCUGGCGGCCAAGAGGAAACAGAUCAAAGACAUGCAUGGGAUAAAACGGAAGCGCGACGUGUUCACGGAGGAGGCGGCGUUGAUUCGCAAGGACGCUGUCAAGACGCUCCCCGACUGGUGGGACUUGCUGAAGCCGCCCAAGGAUGAGGACAAGACCCUGAGGAUCGAGCUCAGCCGCGUGCAGCGCAAGUGCACUGCGACGGCCAGGUACAUCCUGAACGACGGCGUCGCGCUGCCAGCGGGG